UGCAACCGCUGUGCAGGAUGUCCAGUUAAAGGGAAAAAAAUCUGCAGACGAGCAAAAGCAGCACAAGCAGACGGACUGAGAGCAACAACCACUGCAAAGCAGCUUUAUUUUCCACACCUAAAAGAGCGUUUUGGUUGCCAAAAUGGGUUCUCCGACGAUACUUAGCUGUCGUCGGUUUAUUUUCAAAGUUGUUUUGCUUCAGUUCAUCGCCUUUCAAGCAACAAAUGCUCGUCCAUCUCCUAUAAUCAGGUUUCCCGGAGACGACUCCCCGAGAACAGACAAAGAAGUUGCUUUGCACUAUCUGAAUAAGUUUUAUGGAUGCCCACAAGACAGAUGCAACCUUAUGGUGCUUAAAGACACUUUGAAGAAAAUGCAAAAGUUUUUCUCCCUGCAAGAAACUGGAGAAAUAGAUGUCAAAACGGUGGAGAUUAUGAAAAAGCCCCGCUGCGGUGUCCCAGAUGUGGCCAAUUAUAACUUCUUCCACAGGAGACCCAAGUGGCAGAAGAAGGACAUUACCUACAGAAUCCUGGGCUACACUCCUGAUCUGGAUGAGGAAACCAUAAAUGAUGCUUUCUACAGAGCCUUCAAAGUGUGGAGUGAUGUCACACCACUUUCUUUUACUCGCAUUAUGGAUGGAGAGGCUGACAUCAUGGUUAAUUUUGGGCGCAAUGAACAUGGAGACGGUUAUCCAUUUGAUGGGAAAGAUGGCCUGUUGGCUCAUGCCUUUGCACCAGGACCAGGGAUUGGGGGAGAUUCCCAUUUCGAUGAUGAUGAGCAAUGGACUUUAGGAGAGGGCCAAGUGGUGAAAGUGAAGUUUGGCAAUGCUGAAGGAGAGUUCUGUAAGUUCCCUUUUCUGUUCAUGGGCACCGAGUACAACACCUGUACAUCUCAGGGACGAGAUGAUGGAUUCCUGUGGUGCUCCACCACCUACAACUUUGAUGAAGAUGGCAAAUAUGGCUUCUGCCCUCACGAGUUACUUUUUACCCUUGGUGGUAACGGAGACGGCGCGCCUUGUAAAUUCCCCUUCAACUUUCAGGGGGAAAGCUAUGACAGCUGCACCACCGAGGGUCGGGAUGAUGGAUAUCGCUGGUGUGCCACCACAGACGACUAUGACCGAGACAAGUCCUACGGCUUCUGCCCUGAAACGGCAAUGUCUACAGUGGGGGGAAAUGCAGAGGGAAGCCCCUGCGUCUUUCCUUUCACCUUUCUUGGAGACAGCUAUGAUUCCUGCACUACCUCUGGACGCAGUGAUGGGAAGAGAUGGUGUGCGACCACUAAGAAUUAUGACGAUGACCGAAAAUGGGGCUUCUGUCCUGACCAAGGCUAUAGCUUGUUCCUGGUGGCCGCCCAUGAAUUUGGUCACGCCCUUGGUUUGGAGCAUUCUCAGGACCCAGGAGCUCUGAUGGCUCCCAUCUAUACUUUUACUAAAGACUUCAGACUUUCUCAUGACGAUAUCCAAGGCAUCCAAGAGCUCUAUGGUGUGCCCACCGACAAGCCUUUGCCGCCAACCCAGGGUCCGGUAACUCCAAUGGACAUUUGUAAAGAUCCUGUUGUUUUUGAUGCUGUUGCACAAAUCAGAGGAGAAACCUUUUUCUUCAAAGACAGGUUCCUGUUCAGGUCAGUCAACUUCAGAAGCAAACCCACUGGCCCUAUGCUGGUGGCCACCUACUGGCCUGACCUGCCUGCGAAGAUAGAUGCUGCCUAUGAAAACCCAGUGGAGGAGAAAACAGUCUUCUUCUCAGGUGAUGAGAUGUGGAUUUACAGAGCCGAUGAGCUGGAAAGAGGUUACCCGAAAAGGCUCUCCAGCCUCGGCCUCCCAUCAGACGUCCAGCAGAUCGAUGCUGCCUUCAACUUUAGGAAGAACAGGAAGACUUACUUGUUUUCUGGGGACAAAUUCUGGAGAUAUGAUGAAAAUACCAAGACGAUGGAUCCUGGCUUCCCUAAAUUUAUCGCUGACUCCUGGAAUGGCAUUCCCGAUGCCAUUGACUCUGCUUUUAGUCUCAGUGGAAUUGAUUACAGCUAUUUCUUCAAAGGAAACCACUAUUUCAAACUAGAGGACAGCAGUUUGAAGAUCGUUAAGUUGGGAGAAAUCACAAAGGACUGGCUUGGCUGCUGAACAUUGACCCUAAAUGUUUCAGGCUGCAGGUGAUGAUGGUCUUGCUAGGUCAUCAAUGUUUAUCGCACACAAUUUGAGGUUGCUGCAGUGCACACUGUUAUUUUUUUUUUUAAUCCUGGCAACUCUGUUCGCUUCUGUUGGACACAUGUACCUCCAGCCUGUAUAACCAGUCUCAGCCUGAGUAGAAUGGCAAUUCAAGACCUUCUAUACGGGCUAAAUGUAUGCAACUGGUAAUUUGCUUUGUUUCUGUGUGAUUUUUAAUUUUACAACUGCAAUGCAAUUUAAAAAAUAUAUAAAUAUGAAUCCCUGUUUUAUCAUAUUUUUAAGGAACAGACAUCAGGUAUGUCAACAAUGCAUUGCAGUAUUAUACUGUGCCAAGAAAUAUUGAGUUUUUUUUUUUUGGAAAAUCCUAAAAAUUGUUUUACAGCAUAUGGAAAAAGCAUAUUGGUUUGGGGUUACUUCUGUAUCAGGUGUAAAAAGCACAUCUAUAUUAAAAUGUAUCAGUUGUAUGAAAUGUUCUCCUUGUGCAGAAAAUGAACAUGCACAAUGUGACCGAGAAUGGUGCUUUCAGAAUUUGCUUUUUGCAUAUAGACCUACAUGUAUAGUGGGCAUUUUAUAUUUUGUGGCUUUGUGUGAUGGGAGUACUUAGUACCGUCGGGAUGUUAGAAAGUAGCAUUUAAAGGUUUGCUAUUCUUUUUUGGUUAGCACUUUUUAUAGGAUAUAGAAGGGAAUUUAACAACAAGGAGAUCAGACAUUCCUGAAAUCUCUGUUGCAUUACUCUUCAAUAAAUGUGCAGACAGAUUUACAAGGCAAAUAAGGCACAGGUUGCCUUUAGAGGCUAUAUAGGUUUGCUCCAUGAUGGAACAAUAACAAGAAUACUGCAGUAGUUUUGUUUACUUGUGUUUUUAUAUUAAGAUUCUUUUCUAGGUUUUAACAAUAUAGUCAUUGUGUCCUGUAUUUUUGUCUAAAGCUUGUGCACUUUGUCACUGUCAUCAAUAAAAAAGGUUGUUUUAACUA